UAUCUAAUACUUAAUAUUCUCAAGUUUAAUUUUUUUUUCGCUUUUAUUGCCUAAUCGAUUGGAUUGAUAAUAAUUACACGCAAAAGUUAAGAUUCAGAUUAAAAAGUUUGAACAAAGUGGUUACUUUGUUCUGCUUUGAUUUCCUUAAUUUAAAUCUUUGAGUAAGGCAAAAAGUUAACAUGGAAGAAGCCACAAGAAACGAAAACACCAAAGAAAUAAAUCCGUUAGAUACAUCUAACGUAUUUUCCAAGGUAUUAUUUUGGUGGUUGAUACCUCUUUUCAAGAAAGGAUACAAUAAGGAACUGACUGAAGAUGAUAUGUACCAACAUCGUGAAAGUCACGACUCAGGAGAUCUUGGGGAUCAGUUUGAGAAGAUAUGGAAUAAACAAUUGACCAAAAGGAAGCCUUCUGUUAUUAAAGCCAUAGCUAAACGGUUCAUACCAGAAUGGAUAAUGUUGAAUUGCAUUAUCAUUAUUUCUGAAACUAUCAGAAUAUCACAGCCUUUCAUGAUCACUCAACUAAUUUACGUCUACGAAUCCAAUCAGGUCAACGAUGACAAGAGCGAUGUCUAUAUCUACGCACUAUUAAUAAUAAUAACCUCAUUCAUAACCAACAACAUGGCACAUAACUUCAACCUACUCAACAGUCAGAUGGCUCUGAAGAUGAGAGUUUCGGUUUGCUCGUUGAUCUAUAGGAAAGCAUUGAGGUUGAGUAAGUCCGCUUUGGCGGAAACUACUAUUGGACAAAUGGUUAAUUUACUGUCUAAUGACGUGGACAGAUUCGAUAACUCCAUUUUUUACUUCCAAUAUACGUAUGUGGCACCUAUAGAGAUGUUGGUGGUUAUGUAUUUACUUUAUCAUAAUAUUGGUACUACAGCCUUAGCCGGAGCAGUGUUGUUAUUGUCCAUCAUUCCUUUACAAUUUUGGCUUGGCAAAAAGACAUCAAAAUUCAGGCUCCAAACUGCAAACAGAACUGAUGAGAGAGUAAGACUGAUGAAUGAAAUUAUAACUGGAAUACAAGUUAUUAAGAUGUAUACUUGGGAAUAUCCCUUUACGAAACUGGUCGAAUUUGUCAGAAUGAAAGAAAUGAAGUACAUUCGAUUUACCUCAAUCAUCCGAGCAAUACUUAUGUCCUGCGCUUUGCUGUUGAACAGAUGCGCAGUGGGUAUAUGCAUCCUUGUCUAUGUGUUAACGGGUAAUACCCUAACUGCCACUUAUGCCUACGCAAUUACAUCAUAUUACAGACUCUUGUAUACUGUGACCAAUUAUUUCCCUAGCGCAGUAUCUCUAUCAGCCGAAUUGUAUGUUUCCAUCAAGAGAAUACAAACCUUUUUGUUAUACGACGAAGUAAGUGCUGAGAUUGCUCCACCUACAGAAACCUUUUCGGCAAGCAAAGGCAGCAAGUUAUGGCUUACCGGAGCUAGCAAGUCGUCCCUUAAUACAGGAAGCAAGCUUACUUUGAGUGGUGAGCCAAGACUUCGAGGUCCUGACGCAAGUAUAAGCAUUCGAAACGCUUCAGCCAAAUGGCUUAAAUCAUUAAAUGAAAACAAUUUGGAUAACAUAAAUUUCGAUGUCAUAGCUGGUAAUGUAGUAGCUGUAAUAGGUACAGUAGGAAGCGGGAAGACUACCUUACUUCAUGUAAUAAUGAAAGAAUUGGAGCUGCAAAGUGGAUCUGUAAACGUCAGAGGAAUAGUAUCUUACGCCUCUCAAGAACCUUGGCUCUUUGGAGGCAGCAUUAGACAGAACAUCCUUUUCGGCCAAAAAUUCGACCAAAGAAAGUACGAUGAUGUAGUUAGAGCUUGCGCAUUGAAACGGGAUUUUAAUCUUCUUCCUCACGGAGAUAGAACUUUAGCAGGGGAACGUGGAGUCACUUUAAGUGGAGGACAAAGGGCUAGAAUCAACUUGGCAAGAGCUGUUUACAAAGAUGCUGAUAUCUACUUACUAGAUGAUCCUUUAUCUGCUGUAGAUACUCAUGUUGGAAAACAACUUUUCGACGAAUGUAUAUGUGGUUAUCUCAGCAGCAAAUGCGUGGUACUAGUCACUCACCAACUGCAAUUUUUAAAGAAAGUCAAAAAUAUUUAUCUAAUGAACAACGGUAGAAUCGAAGUCUCUGGUCCUUACUCUCUUUUGAAGAACUCUACCAAUGAAUACAGCAAACUCCUAGCGAAUAUCGAAGACGAGGAAGAAGAAGUCAGGCGUAGGUCUAGGAUGAUUUCGAUGAGCAGUGAAAGCGAAGGCAUGGAUGAUGACUUCCAAAUUAUGAACAAGGAGAAAAUAGGUAGUGGUACCAUUUCUAAGCGAGUUUAUAUUAACUUCGCUAAAGCAGGUGGUAACAUGCUCAAAGUUGUUGCAUUAAUAUUCGCCUUUCUCUUUAGCCAGCUUCUGGAUAGCUCUGCUGAGUAUUUUGUGUCUAUUUGGGUAAACGUUCAGCAGAGAAUGUCACACAUAUCCAACUUUUCACAAACACUUGAUACAUCCAACUUUUCGCAAAUACUUGAAACAUCAAAUGCAACUAAUAUCACCACCACCACUAUUUUACCGUUAAAUCUUACCGCCAAUAUUUUACCGUUAAAUUUUACCACCACUAUUUUACCGUUAAAUUUUACCACCACUAUUUUACCGUUAAAUUUUACCACCACUAUUUUACCGUUAAAUAACACUGCUACGACGCUGAAUCUCACCAAUGAUGAUCCAUACGCAGACUGGUGGCUAACUCCAAUAUUUACUGACAACACUGUGUUCUACUACAGUAUUCUUAUUAUAGUCAUUAUUGUAUUGUGUUUGAUACGUUCUUUAGCCUUCUAUAGCUGGAGUUUAACGGCUUCGACGAGGCUUCACAAUAAAAUGUUUGCUAACGUAGUAUACAGUCCGAUGAGGUUCUUCAAUGUCAACCCUUCAGGAAGAAUUCUUAAUAGGUUUUCCAAAGAUAUAGGAUCCAUAGAUGAAGCGUUGCCUAGAACAUUGUUGGAUACAGUACAAAUUGGUCUGAUGGCAAUUGCAAAUAGUUUCGUUAUAGGAACACUGACAGUUUGGAUCCUCAUUCCUACAAUAUUAACUGCAAUAUUGUUUUAUUUUCUACGAAAGGUUUACGUUAGUACAAGUAGAAAUGUGAAGAGAGUGGAAUCAGUUACUAGAAGUCCAGUAUUUACGCAUCUCUCUCAAUCUCUACAAGGACUAACAACCAUCAGAGCAUUUAGAGCUCAAGAAAUACUCAAAAACGAAUUCGACAACUACCAAAAUUUAAACAGUGCUGCAUACUUCCUCUAUUUCUCCUGCGCCAGGACUUUUGGAUAUUGGCUGGACUUUUUUUGUCUGAUAUACUUUACGUUGGUCCUAGCGUCGCUAAUAUUUAUUGAAGGGGAACAAUAUGGAGGAAACAUGGGUUUGGCCCUAACUCAAGCUAUGGCCAUAACUGGAAUAUUACAAUAUGGCAUGCGUCAAUGGAGUGAGUUCGAAAACCAAAUGACGUCAGUCGAAAGAGUACAGGAGUACGCAGAUUUGGUACAAGAGGAAGACAGCCAUUCUAGUGAACCUGCUAAAACAUGGCCCCGAGAGGGAAGGGUUGAAUUCAACAAUAUGUCUUUAAAAUACGCCCCAGAAGAUCCAGCAGUACUCAAAGGAUUAAACUUUGUUAUACAACCCAGGGAGAAAAUUGGUAUCGUGGGAAGAACUGGAGCGGGGAAAUCGUCUCUAAUCCAAGCACUGUUCCGAUUGGCUCAUAUUGACGGAAGUAUUUUAAUUGAUGGAGUUGAUACUAAAAAGAUCAGUCUAAGGUCGCUCAGGUCAAAGAUUUCUAUAAUACCUCAAGAACCAGUUCUGUUUUCGGGAACGCUUAGAAAGAAUUUGGAUCCAUUUGACGAAUAUAGCGAUGAGGUCCUCUGGAAUGCUUUGGAAGAAGUAGAACUAAAACAUGCAGUUGAUGAGCUACCUGCAGCUUUAGACAGUAAAAUGGCAGAAGGAGGUUCAAACUUCAGUGUCGGUCAACGACAAUUGGUGUGUCUAGCAAGAGCUAUAGUAAGAAACAACAAAAUUCUCGUUUUAGAUGAAGCUACAGCAAACGUAGACCCGCACACUGAUGGUCUAAUCCAAAAAACAAUUAGACAAAAGUUUGCUAACUGCACAGUACUAACUAUUGCUCAUAGGCUGCAUACUAUUAUGGAUUGUGAUAAAGUUUUGGUGAUGGAUGCUGGUAAAAAUGUCGAAUUCGACCACCCUCACGAUCUUCUCCAAAAUACAAAAGGAAUAUUUUACUCGCUGGUGAUGAAAACUGGAAAGGCUACUGCGAAGAAUUUGAUAGCAGUAGCAGAGCAAAGUAAAAAAGAAAAAAGUCAGAAUAUUUAAUGAAUAUAAUUUAAGCUUUAAUAAAACGAAUAGUUUAUAGUUAGGUUGUUAAUAAUGUUAUUUUUUUUAAAUAAAACUCUAAAUAAAAACCCAAAUGAUUAA